CGUUAAUUUAACCAACAAAGAAGAAAAUAAUUAGCAUUUAGCAGGUCUGCUAACGCGAGUCUGACAGCAGCCGGGCACUGAACCAGUCACUUCUCACCGCUUUCACAAUGAAAGAUGUUCUCGGAUUCCUCAAGCAACAACAAAGUAAAAGUCCGACUCCAGAGGUCGCGGCGGAAUGGCACAAUCUGGAGGAUCUAUACAACAGAAAGUUGUGGCAUCAGUUGACUCUAAAGUUGAGUGAGAUUGUACAGGACGUGUCUGUGUGUAAAGGCGACGCCUUAUCCAGGUAAAAUCUCUACGAGAACUUCAUCAAUGACUUUGAACACAGGUGUAAUUAACCUCUAUCAUUGGUGGAAAUCCUCCUCCAUGUGGUCAGACAGAUAUCAGAUCCCAACACUGCCAUUGUGUUCUUGGAGAAGACAAAGGAGAAAGUGAGCAGUGAUGAGGCAGUGAUUCUGUGUAAGACUGUGAUCGGGAGUCUGAAGCUCGACAUCAACGACUUGCCUGCUACUAAAAAACUGAUUGAGGAGGUAGAGGAGAUGCUGAAUGCGUUGCCGGGGGUGACGUCUGUACACGGGCGCUUUUACGACUUGUCCAGUAAAUAUUACCGCAUCAUUGGGAACCACGCUCUGUAUUAUAAAGACGCUCUGCACUACCUGGGCUGUGUGGAUGUUAAAGACCUGCCAGCAGCAGAGAGAGCCUUUACUCUGGGAUUGGCUGGCCUGCUUGGAGAGGGUGUGUACAAUUUUGGAGAGCUGCUGAUGCACCCUGUACUGGAGUCUCUGAAGAACACGGAUAAACAGUGGCUGAUCGAGACGCUAUUUGCCUUCAACUCCGGGAACGUGGAGAAGUUUCAAGCUUUAAAAUCAGCUUGGGGUCAACAGCCUGAUCUUGCUGCUCAGGAGGCCAAACUGAUGAAGAAGAUCCAGCUGUUGUGUGUGAUGGAGAUGACCUUCACCAGACCAGCGAAUCACAGACAACUGACCUUCCAGGAGAUCUCUCAGAGCACCAAGGUUCCAGUAAAUGAGGUGGAGCUGUUGGUGAUGAAAGCUCUGUCAGUGGGUCUUCUGCGAGGAAACAUUGACGAAGUGGAUCAGAAAGUUCAGAUGACCUGGGUACAACCGCGAGUUCUCGAUCUUCCACAGAUCAAGGGCAUGAAGGAGCGUCUGGAUUUCUGGUGUGGAGAUGUAAAGAGCAUGGCUGUGCUGGUGGAGCAUCAGGCUCAGGACAUUCUUACAUAAACACACACACACACACACACACACACCUUUAUUACCUGUCCUGCAUGUUGGCAUGUGACCUUCCAGAUUUCAAUAAAGACAUUUUCAUGUA